AUGGCAGCAGAGGCCUACGUUUGCAUGGUCGGUGACUUGAUCUCCAUGUGCCUGCCAGGAUUUGGGAUCUCUUUCCUCAGUCGCUCCUCGUGCAUCGCCAUCUUGGCCGUUUUCCCUUUGCUCCCGCUUUGUAUGCUGAAAGACCUCUCUGCCUUGGCUCCGACGUCAUUUUUGGCGCUGUUAGCGGUGUUCUGGAUGAUCAUCAUGAUGAUUAUCCGUUACGUCGAUGGCUCAUAUCUUCCAGGUGGGCAGUACCAUGGAUUCCCUGCACCACGAGGGCAUGUGGGAAACAUUGGCUUCUCCACGCUUAUCUUGGUGGACAACUUGGCCGUGGCCUUCCUUUGUCUCGUGCUGCUGAUGGACUCCAUGGCCGUGCCAGCGCACUCGAGUAAGAACACCUCCCUUUUCGCCAUUCUGCCACAGCGAGAAGCUGCACUGGCACGGGCUGUGUCCGACAUGCGUAAGGCCGCAGCGGAGGUGCAGAAGGCUUCAGCUGAGCUGUCGAUUUGUGAGGCUGCAUGGCUCACGGCCUAUGAGGCUGCUUUGCGGAUCGCUGAGAACGACGCAGAAGCAUGUGCAGUUCGAAGGGCAGCCACAGAACUCAAGUCGCAGCCGGGAGUUUGCUACAACACCUUGCAAACCUUUCAUGAUCAAGUUGAAUGUUUGGCACCGUCCCUUGCCGAACCUCGGAGCCUGCCUUCAGAGUCACAUGGCGAGCAACACGGACGCUCCCACGAUGAUGAGUUCCAUACUGCCAAGCAUCAGCUUGAACACCGCUGGAUUGAGAAGACGGCCUUCAGCGCCGCGGAGCGCGUGGUGGAGCGCAUGACCGAGCGCAUUACUGAGAGCAUGGGCGAGCGAGUUGGCGAGCGUCUUGCUGAGAGGGGUGUGGAGCGACUUGCCGAGCGGGGUGCAGAGCGCCUCGCGGAAAGGGGCGCGGAGCGGCUAGCUGAGCGCGGCAUGGAGCGGCUGGCAGAGCGUGGUGCCGAGAGGCUGGCUGAAAGGGGUGCCGAAAGGCUUGCAGAAAGAGGAGCGGAACUAGCCUUGGAGCGGGCCGGGGCGGGAGCUUUGAGACACAUCUUGGGAAGAACUAUUGGCGAGACUCUGAGGAUGGGAGAACAUGCAGCCAUGCAUACCUUGAAGGCUUUACGUGUCAUUGUCCCUUUCGUGGGCAUGCUCUUCGUCAUACAUCUGGCUGAACAUGACUGGCAUCGCCUGCUCGAGGAGUGGAGGGCCCGACGUGCUCUCUCACUUGCCUUUUUUUGCAUGGCUGUUCUGGGCGAUGUCGCCGACAUCCUUUGCCACGUGUGCGUGAUUUCUUCUGGCAUUCUUCACGUGGACCACCACGCAUUGCACACAAUCGAGCCACUUGCAUUCAAGAACUUUGACGGCCUGGCACGUCUUGUAACAUGUAGGUUCAAUCUAGAGUUCGCACAGAAGAACGAGGAAAACUAA